AAGAAACUAUUAUUACUAUAUAUAUCUGGAGCUUUCUUCUCUUCCAAGUGCCAACACAUUGAACUCAAGAGGAGUUUCAAGAAGUCUGCUGCUCAUUUUUGUGGUCACCAACCCACCAAAUUCUGUACUGAACUGCAAGCUUUCCCCGUUGGCACUCUUUUGUCUUCCACACUUUGCUAGCCAUCGCGUCAUUAACUCACUUUGUUGUGUUUGUUAAGCCUGGUAGUACUGAGCAAGCUCGCCUUGGAUUUAUCUGUCUUUUUCAUUUUUGCUCCAUCCCUUCUAAAAGUUGAUCUUAUUUUCAAGUUAUGUAACUUCUAUCACCAAUCAGUUUCUCAAUGGCAAAUCCACUCCUCCCUCUAAAUUCCCAACAUUGUCGCUAGAGGGUAUUCUUGCUUAUCGUCUGAGUAGUCUAGUCAUCUGUUGCAAGCUUUCAAAGAAGGAAGAAAACAAGUACGCAGUACUUUUCACCACUGAGCUUCCUAUCGGAUAACAUCAUGGAGGAGACAUUUGUGCCUUUCCGUGGAAUCAAGAAUGACCUUCGGGGAAGAUUGAUGUGUUACAAGCAAGACUGGACAGGUGGAUUUAGAGCAGGCUUCAGGAUUUUGGCUCCCACCACAUAUAUAUUCUUUGCUUCCGCGAUUCCGGUCAUCUCAUUUGGGGAACAAUUGGAGAGAAAUACUGAUGGAGUUCUAACAGCAGUUCAGACCCUGGCAUCCACCGCAGUUUGUGGGAUCAUACACUCAAUUAUUGGAGGUCAACCUUUGCUGAUAUUGGGAGUUGCAGAGCCGACAGUCAUUAUGUACACAUUUAUGUUCAACUUUGCCAAAGAGAGAGCUGAUUUGGGAAGGAACUUAUUUCUAGCAUGGACUGGAUGGGUAUGUGUUUGGACUUCACUCUUGCUGUUCUUACUGGCUGUCUUAGGAGCAUGCUCAAUUAUUAAUAGGUUCACUCGUGUAGCUGGAGAGUUGUUUGGUCUGCUUAUUGCAAUGCUCUUCAUGCAACAGGCUAUCAAAGGUCUCGUGGAUGAAUUCCGCAUUCCAAAACGAGAAGAUCCAAAAUCAAUGGAGUUUAUACCUUCAUGGAGGUUCGCAAAUGGAAUGUUUGCUUUGGUUCUAUCAUUUGGCCUCCUGCUCACUGCAUUAAGAAGCCGCAAGGCAAGAUCAUGGCGCUAUGGGAGUGGUUGGCUUAGAAGUUUAGUAGCAGACUACGGCGUACCCCUCAUGGUUCUAGUAUGGACAGCUGUUUCUUAUAUUCCGACAGAAAAUGUUCCGAAAGGAAUCCCCCGGCGUCUUUUCAGCCCAAAUCCCUGGUCCCCUGGUGCAUAUGAGAACUGGACUGUAGUCAAGGAGAUGUUAGAUGUUCCCAUUUCCUACAUAAUUGGAGCUUUCAUUCCUGCUACGAUGAUCGCGGUGCUUUACUAUUUUGACCAUAGCGUAGCAUCUCAACUUGCUCAGCAGAAGGAAUUCAAUUUGAGAAAGCCAUCUUCUUAUCAUUAUGACUUGCUUCUUUUGGGAUUUCUGACCUUAAUGUGUGGUCUUAUUGGAAUCCCACCAUCAAAUGGAGUCAUUCCCCAAUCUCCAAUGCAUACAAAAAGUCUGGCCACUCUUAAGUACCAGUUGCUUCGAAAUAGACUUGUCGCAACCGCACGUACAAGUCUGAGAAAGAAUGCCAGCUUGGGACAACUGUAUGGAAAUAUGCAAGAAGCUUAUCACCAAAUUCAGACUCCUUUGAUGUAUCAACAGCCCUCUCAAGGUCUAAAGGAAUUCAAAGAAUCAACCAUCCAAGCAGCUACAUGUACAGGCCAUAUAGAUGCCCCAGUCGAUGAGACAGUAUUUGACAUUGAGAAGGAAAUUGAUGAUCUAUUGCCUGUUGAGGUCAAAGAACAACGUGUAAGUAAUUUGCUUCAAGCCACAAUGGUUGGAGGUUGUGUUGCAGCCAUGCCCUUUCUCAAAAUGAUCCCAACCUCAGUCCUUUGGGGCUAUUUUGCCUUCAUGGCGAUUGAAAGUUUACCUGGUAACCAGUUUUGGGAAAGAAUAUUAUUGCUCUUCACCGCACCAAGCAGAAGAUACAAAGUACUUGAAGAUUUCCACGCCACAUUCGUAGAAACAGUUCCUUUCAAGUCAAUUGCCAUGUUUACAAUUUUCCAGACGGCUUAUUUGCUGAUAUGUUUUGGUCUCACUUGGAUACCGAUUGCGGGCCUUAUGUUUCCUUUGAUGAUCAUGCUUUUGGUUCCUGUAAGACAAUACUGCCUUCCCAAGUUUUUCAAAGGAGCACACCUUCAAGACUUGGAUGCAGCCGAGUAUGAAGAAGCACCAGCUUUGCCAUUCAAUCUCGCAACAGAGGCAGAGCUGGGGGAAGGAGCUGCUUAUGGAGGAGAUGGAGAGAUUUUGGAUGAGGUUAUCACCCGAAGCCGUGGAGAGUUCAGGCACACGAGUAGUCCUAAAAUCUCAAGCUCCACUACAACACCAGCAAAUAAUCCUAAAAGCCUUCAAAGCCCUCGUCUCUCGUACACAUAUAGUCCUCGUAUAAGUGAAUUAAGAGGGCAGAAAAGUCCCAAAUCCAGUGGAAGAGGGCUUAACAGUCCAAGGACUGGAGAUCAAAAGUUAUCUAAACUGGGGAAGAGUCCUUCAAGUUCAGAACAAAACUAGUGGCAAAUUUUUUUGGCUUAUCUACCAGUAAGGAGCUUUAGAUUGGCUUGUGCUCGCACCAUUUCCCUUUCAAGUGUGUUGUUGUGGUUGGAAUUAGUGUAAAAUAUCUCUUCUCUCUGAUCUUCUCCUUUAGAGAAAAAAAUUGUAACUUACAAUGGAAUAGUUGCUAUGUUGUAAUAAGUGUGCUAGUAUAUAUUUGUUCCGGCUAUAGUAGUCCAAUGCCACUGCCUUUAUGAUGAAA